AAUCGUGCCAAUUCACACAAAUUCAUCUAAUUCCCGUGAAUUAUGCGCAGCAACACACACACACACACACACACACACACACACACACACACACACACACACACACACUCCCAAUGUAGUGAGAGCAACCGUUCCAAAAUAAGGAAAGCUAAUGAUGCUCAUUUACAAUUUAUUACAAUACAAAUUAAAAACAGUCAAGUUGAUAACACUAAAAAUACCAAUUGGUAAACAAUAAUAUAGGUGAGGGUACAGCCACGACAGGCGUGGUCAGUGUCCUGGCUCCGCUCACUUCCACGGCGUCCUCCUGCACACAAAUUAAAUCGGAGGCAGGCCACGGGGAUAAAAUAAUUUUAAAACACGGAGACGCUCUCAGGGCUGACGUCACACUUACACGCAAACCCUGCCUCUGCUGUAAUUCCGCGUAGAAGUAUUGGGUACGCCCACUCUCCUCGCCAGUCUCCGGUGGGACCUACGUGGCCGUACUCGUCCCGUCUCGCUCCGCCUCUUGGUCGCUACCGGGAGUCACCACAGGUCUCUGGGUCCUGAUCGAUCCUGCCCACAGGACCACACAGCCAGCGCACAGCGCACGAGCCCGCAAGCCCACAGCCAAAGACCGUUGAUCACCCCCACAGAUCCACAAUCCACGACACUUACUUCGGAGGCAGAGCUUCCUCUGCCCCUGCAUGUUGUGGGCUACUUGGGGUUCACUCCGGUAGCUUGCGGGGUCUGCUGUGUAGUCCUGGAUUACUUCCCAGCCUGCGGGCGUCCACCCGGACGCUCUUGGCAAAGCCUGUCGAUACUACGGGGUUGUUCUUCCAACGCAAGAACGGCUCCGGACGACAGCGUAAAGGUAGGAAGUGAUUUAUUUCUCAUAAAAAAAACAGAAAACAAGCAAAAGAAAAGCGUGCCGAACGCACGGGAAGCUAAGGCUAAACUUAGCACAGGCAAAAGACAGGGAACUCAAAAACUCACGUGACAAUUUGCAUGGAGCAAACACAACGAAGGCAGAAUGAGUGACAAACAAAGGUAGGCUUAAAUAGAGUCUCUGAUGAGCAACAGGUGCGCGUGCAAGGCAGGUGAAAAUCAAGUAACCAUGGUGACGAAACAAACUCACAGGUGCACGAGUAACAACAAAAGGAGUCCAAAACUAACCAAACAAAACCUGAUCUGGACCACGGAUCAUGACAGAACCCCCUCCUCAAGGACAGAUUCUAGAUGUCCAUAUAGAAAACACACAAAAAAAAACAAGCAGGGUCAAAAGUCACGGGAGGGCGGAGGGAGGGCUUGGUGGUGGGUCGCCAGGCCAAGUGUCCCCGAAUCCAUCGAGGCAAAGUCAAGUGGCGGCGGCGAGUGGAACGCCGCUGCAGCAGGGAGGCGGGCGCCCAGGGAAUGGCCACAUUCGUGGCCGACUGGGAGGUGGACGCACUUGGCGAGGCGGACGACCAGGGAGCGGCCACAUCCGUGGUCGCCCGGGUGGGCGCGUUGGCGCCGUCAUGGCAGGCUUGGACGCAGCAGCAGACGAGUCAGGCGUGGACGCAGCAGCAGACGAGUCAGGCGUGGACGCAGGUGCAGGCGGCGAAGCUUGGCGUGGUGCGGACACAGGCGGCGAAGAUUGGCGUGGUGCGGACACGGGUGGCGAAGCUUGGCGUGGUGCGGGCACGGGCGGAAAAGCUAGGCGUGGUGCGGGCACAGGCGUCAAAGCUUGGCGUGGUGAGGGCACGGGCGGCAAAGCUUGGCGUGGUGCAGGUACAGGAGCUAGCCGGGGUGCAGGAACUGGAGCAGGUGCUAGCCGGGGUGCAGGAACUGGAGCAGGUGCUAGCCGAGGAGCAGGAACUGGAGCAGGUGCUAGCCGAGGAGCAGGAACAGUUGCUAGCCGGGGUGCAGGAACUGGAGCAGGUGCUAGCCGAGGUGCAGGAACUGGAGCAGGUGCUAGCCGAGGUGCAGGAACUGGAGCAGGUGCUAGCCGAGGUGCAGGAACUGGAGCAGGUGCUAGCCGAGGAACAGGAACUGGAGCAGGUGCUAGCCGAGGAACAGGAACUGGAGCAGGUGCUAGCCGAGGAACAGGAACAAGUGCUAGCCGAGGAACAGGAACAGGUGCUAGCCGAGGAACAGGAACAGGUGCUAGCCGAGGAACAGGAACAGGUGCUAGCCGAGGAACAGGAACUGGAGCAGGUGCUAGCCGAGGAACAGGAACUGGAGAUGGUGGCGUUUGCAGGCCCACCGGAGAUGAUGGUGGCGUUUGCAAGCCCACCGGAGAUGAUGGUGGUGUCUGCAAGCCCACCGGAGAUGAUGGUGGCGUCUGCAAGCCCACCGGAGAUGAUGGUGGCGUCUGCAAGCCCACCCGGGCUGAGGUUAGCCAUGAGUAUGGCGGAGGCGGUCUAGCUGGGGGUUGCGGCUUGACAUGCUGACGGAUUGGUGGUGGAGGACGAGCUGGAGGUUGCAGCUUGGCAGGUCGAAAAACUGGUGGUGGCGGCCGGGAUGGAGGUUGCUGCCUGGCUGGGCGCAGCUGAGCAGCCCCACCAGCACAGCUCCCGGCCCCAGCCCCCCCCUCAAGGGGCGGAUACCAGACGCGCUCCUUGCGGUCUGGAGCAGUCUUUAAAGGGGGGUGGCGGGAGGUUAGGAGGGGGGCAGAAUUCUCCCCUUUAAAUUGUCCAAAAUGUUAAUCUCUCCUUCCAACAGGAGAGUGACGAGGAGACAGGGAAGACAAAGUCUGUGACGUGGGCGGGUCUAUGGUCCAUAGGGGCGGAGUCAGAGUCACUGGGGACGGAGGUGACUGAGGUUGACUAACUCUAGCUUUCAACAAAAUGUCCUGAUAAUACUUUAUUUUUGAAAUAAAGUCUGUAGGAGGUGGCUGAUAACGACUGACAGAAGGCAAAAAAAAAAAAAUCCUGAUCCGUGACUUCCUCUGAAGACGCCGGCGGAAUGAUGUCAUCGCCAAGCGCCGGUUCAGUGACGUCAUCAGAGUAAGAGUGCAUUCUUUCGACCGCCCAUGUAGUGAACUGUUUGGCAAAGUGAUGAAUUGGAUUACCAAAGUUCGGCGGCGAGGAAUACUGGUCUGAUUGAGGAAUGUUGCUGUCCGGAGGAGGAGUUUGGGGGAGCGACGCAUUUUGGCGGCGGAACGAAGUCUUUUUGGCUGGCUUCCGUCCUCGCCGGCGCGUCUCCAUCUCCUCGUCGUGGCCGGUCUGCGAAAGAACGUAUGCUGCCUUCGUUCUGUCACAUGAGGGUCGCAGCUUGCUACGGGGUUGUUCUUCCAACGCAAGAACGGCUCCGGACGACAGCGUAAAGCUUUAAGUGUCGUAAAGAGCUUGGGAGCGACUUGUGACUUGAAUUCCCUGGGAGGAACAACUGGUCCAAAAACGCAACAAUUUGGGGGCCUCGUCCGGGCGACACGCUGAGAAUUGGACACCUCUUGCUUUCUUCUGGACAGACUAACUAGUGGCCAAACAUAAACAAGGUAAGCAGAGCCUUUUUCUAAAAUCUGCUUUAGGAGUCUGUCUUGAAGUAUGUAAGUCAAACACUGUUUGUACCCCAGACACAGACUGGACAUUUUGAUGGAUUGAUUGCAUUUUUGCCUUGUCCGCCAUUACAUAAAAUGUUGUAAAUAAGUGGUCAACUCGUGUCAUUGUGUCUCGACUACCGUGACGGGGGGGAACAAGGCGAAUUAGAUAAGGACAUGACUCGAGCAUGCGCGAGACUAUUCAAACGACCCACCCAGACUUUGACUAAGCCACCGCCCUAUGACGUAAAGCCGGAAGCGUCUUUAUGCCCACUUUUGACAGUGGUCGAAACAGAAACUAGGCUCUCUGGUUCACCCCCUUCUCCGGUGCCAGGAGAGGGAGGUACUCACACACCCUCUCUAAGAUUAUACCUACCUCCAAAACUUAAAAUGUCUCCAUCGGCUCAAAUUCUUAACCCCUUCCUUUGCACGUCUGACCAUUUUCCUCCGGCAGAUGGCAACCUCGCGCGUGCAUACCAGACAUUUUUGACACAUAACGCUGUUAUUAGUGGCCAAUUUCAAUAAGACUUUUGCCGUCACAGACAUGCAAGCCAUUGUUGACCUUGCUUUCCCACCUGUACCUCAGGGAGGAAACCUUUGGCUAAAAAUUUUGGACAAAGCUAACCCUGAUAUACGGUGCAAAAAACAACACAUGGCAGGGACAUCUUAAGCAUCACAUGCAAAAUUGCGCGGACUCCACCGUCACCAAUAGCAACACACUCACACACAAGCGAGCGCACACACACACACAAGCACGCUUAUGCUCUCAGCACACACACACAAGGAAAAAACUGCACAAAAGCUCUUUCUCUGCGUUUCACUUUACCAUAAAAUUUCAAAUUACUAUUGCGAAGGCAUCCGCCAUAAGGUUAGUAUUUUUCUAGUAUUUGUGUCGAUAUAAAUAUAGGCAUAUUUUGAAGCUUUCACCAUAUUGAAUAAGGUACAUAACAUUUAUGAUUUAGUUGAGUUUGAGUUAUUUCUGAUUUCGCUAAGGGGUCCCCUACCCUAAUACCACCCUCCAGUGGUCCACAGAGACUGAAAUGACUUUCAUUGACCUCAAACAUGACCUGUCCUCCGCCCCUGCUCUUGCUGUACUUGACUAUUAGCUGACCUUUUUCCUAGAUGUUUCUGAAAGUGAUAGUAUUACUGACACAGUCCCUUUUUCAGAAACAGAAGGGGGAGGAGGUGAGGGUGGAUUCAGACUCUUGGAUUCAGACUCCGUACAACAAAAUAGCUUUAACAAUAUUCCUGUGGGUAAGAAGUUAUAACUAAAUUGUUGUAAGUUUGUAAAUUUAACUUGAAAAUAGCCAUUUUGCACAUCGAUAGUAGUUUAGUAAAUCAAUUUGGAAUAUGGAGGAGGUGAGGGUGAACCGUGUAUAGUUUUUGACUUCAUUGAUAUGAUCAAUCCGGUGAAAGGGAAAAGAUACUUGCUGACUUGUGUUGACAAUCACAGUGGUAGGCCGGAAGCAACCCCAACCUCAAAAGAGGAUGCAAAAUCAGUAAUUAAAUGGCUUGUGAAUGACCUAAUUCCCCGACAUGGUUUCCCCAAAAAGAUUAGGUCAGACAAAAGCACCCAUUUUAAAAUUACUCACUUAGCCUUGGUCGAAAAUGCUCUUGGACUAGAACACAGGUUCGGUUUGGGGUACCAUCUUCAGUCCCAAGGUAAGGUUGAAAGGAUGAACCAGAACAUCAAAAACGAAUCGGCUAAAAUCUGUGCACAGACCAAAUUGAAUUGGAUUGACAUGUUGCAAUUAGCAUUAAUGAUCAUUCGAAUGUCCAUGAAUAAAACUGUUUUACCGCCCUUUCAGUUUUUCACCCUAUGAACUGCAUACAGGUCAGCCCCUUCCCAGGAUCAACACCCCCCUGGAAGAAGGAAUCAGCGUAAAACCAAAAUGGUAUUUUACACAAAAUGCAGAAUUUGUGUGCCAGUUCUUCUGUACAGAUUCGAGGAUGGCAGCCCGCCACUCCAGAUUCCUUUCCGU